AUGAGAUCCUUCGCUGCCCUGACAACCUUAUCCUGGGUCCUGCCCGCGGUGGCAGUGACGAUCAGCGAGAUCAAUGGGAAUACUUACACCUCCCCAUUUAAAGGAGAAAGUGUUUCUGGUGUGGAGGGUCUCGUAACAGCAAUAGGAGAGGAGGGGUUCUUUCUCCGGUCGUCCACCCCGGACUCUGACGAUGCGACAUCUGAGUCGAUCUACGUCUACGGAAGCAGUGCGGUUUCUAAGGUCACCGUUGGAGACGUUAUUACGCUUAGUGGCAAGGUGUCUGAAUAUCGCUCCCAGGCCGCCUAUCUGUACUUGACGGAAAUCACCUCGCCGUCGAGCAUUGUCGUCAAGUCAAGCGGAAACGAGGUUGACCCUAUCGUGAUUGGCAAGGACCGCACUCCCCCGACAGAAGUAUACUCUGGUCUCGAUGGUGCUGAUGGCGAUGUCUAUGCUCUACCGAACAACGACAGCCAGAUUUCUGCGAAGAAUCCCGUUCUCGAGCCUGAGCUCUACGCGAUGGACUUUUGGGAGAGUCUCAGCGGCGAGCUUGUCUCCCUCACAGGAUUGACUAUCAUCACCAAGCCCAACCAGUACGGCGACGUCUUUGUGCGAGGAGACUGGACUGUCUCGGGCCUGAACGAGCACGGUGGAUUGACCAUGAGCGCAAACGAUUCCAACCCCGAGGCAAUCAAGAUUGGAACUCCUCUCGACGGAACCAACAACACCGACUCCUCCAAGGUCGGAGACACCGUCGAGGACGUCACCGGCGUCGUCCAGUGGAAGUUCGGCCAGUACAUGGUCCUCCCACUAACAGCCCUGACCGUCACGGGCUCAAACAACACAGUCGCGUCCCCCUCCACCCUCACCAGCGACGGCACCUGCAAGUCCCUAAGCAUCGGCGCCUACAACGUCGAAAACCUAACCCCAAGCUCUACCCACAUCUCCAAAAUCGCCAACCACAUAGCCAACUACCUCAACGGGCCAGCAAUCGUGUGCCUACAGGAAAUCCAAGACAACAGCGGCGCCACCGACGACGGCACCAUCACCGCAAACCUCACCUUAUCCAAACUCACAACCCUAAUCUCCGCCGCCGGCGGCCCACAUUACAAUUUCACCGAAAUAGCUCCAGUCAACAACGCCGACGGCGGCGAGCCAGGCGGUAACAUCCGCGUGGCGUACCUAUACAACCCGCGCACCGUCCGCCUGCAUAACGCGAACCCCGGCACAUCCGCCGACGCAAACGAGGUGCUAGUCUCGCAUGGACCAGAGCUGAAAUUCAACCCUGGUCUUAUUGACCCGGGUAACGAGGCUUGGGAUGCAUCGCGCAAGCCGCUGGCCGCUGCUUGGGAGACGGUUGAUGGGCAGAAUAAGCUCUUUACUGUUAAUGUGCACCUGUCAAGUAAGGGUGGUGGUUCGCCUAUACAGGGUGAUGCCAGACCACCCGUUAAUGGUGGUGUUGAGCAGCGCACCGCGCAGGCGGAAGUUGUCGCUUCUUUCGUAUCUGAUAUCCUGGCCGCCGACCCGAGCGCGAAAAUUCUAACAACAGGCGACUUCAACGAAUUCUCCUUCGUUUCGCCGCUGGAGACCUUCGUUCAGAAGUCUGGGCUUCGCGAGCUGGACGAUAUCGUUGGGAUCCCUGCGACAGAGCGCUACACGUACAUCUUUGACUCGAACCACCAGCAGCUGGACCACAUGUUUGUGUCAGAUGGGUUGGCAAAGAAUGCGCAGCUGGAGCAUGUCCAUGUGAACACUUGGUUGAAUUAUGACGAUGCGGCGUCGGACCAUGAUCCGUCUGUUGCGGUGUUUGAUGUUUGUGAGUGA